AUGACGUCCUCCGCUGCUCCCCCCGUCAUCUCCCUCGAAUAUCGCGGCCGCGUCGCAGUCGUCACCAUUGACAAUGAGAAGAAGCUCAACGCCCUGACCCAGGCCAACUACUAUGACAUUUCCCAGAAGCUACGUGAGAUUGCCACUCACGAUGAAGUCUUUGUGACUGUGUUGCUAGCCAAGGGAAGAUAUUUUUCCGCAGGCGCCGACGUAUCCAUCACGAGGAGCGUCCCGGAAGAUGUCCAGGCUCACAAGCACUGGCUCCAGAGCUUCGUAGCCUUCAACCUCAACGCCUGCCACGCCUUCAGCACGCACCCCAAGAUCCUGGUCGUCGGCCUGAACGGGCCCGUCGUCGGCCUGUCGGCCGCCCUCGUCGCCUUCGCCGACUUCAUCUACGCCGCGCCCCACACCUUCCUCCUCACGCCCUUCUCCUCCCUGGGCCUGGUGGCCGAGGGGGGUGCCUCGCGCGCCCUGGUCCAGCGCCUGGGCGUGGCGAAGGCCAACGAGGCCCUCAUCAUGAGCAGGCGCAUCACCGCUCCCGAGCUCGAGAGGUGCGGCUUCGUCAACGCCAUCUUCCCCGACGAGGCGGGGGGAGCGGAGGCCGCCGCCGCCGGCCGAGACGCCGCCUUCCGCAAUCGCGUCAUGCGCGAGGUAGACGACCGUCUGGGCCCUCACCUCAUCGGCGAGUCGCUCAUCGGCAUCAAGAAGCUCAUCCGCAGACCGGAGAUGGACAUUGUCCACCAGCAGAACGUUCACGAGGUCUUUGCUGGUCUGGACAGGUUCGUCAAGGGCGUCGACGGCUUCGCGCAGCGCACUCACCAUGCCCUUCAUCUGCGCCCCAUCCUUGCCGAGGCAGCACUCGAGGUCGCGUCAAAGAGCCACUGGACGCGCAGCUCCCCCAGCUUCGCCUCGUCCUCGUCGUCCUCGUCGUCCUCGUCCUCCAGCCUGACCAGCUCCUCCCUCCACGCGGCCACCAGCCUCCCGUCCAUCAGCCUCUUGACGACCGUCACGGCGCUCGGGGUCCACAGAUCGGUGCCUGCCUCGGCCAUGGCGGCCGACAUGUCGCGCAUGAAGCCGAACAGGCCCGGGGACGGCUGCGUCGGCAGCCCGUCCUCCCAGAGGAUCCUGCCGACGACGGUCCUGCCGGCGAGGACGGCGUCGGGGAAGCCCUCCAGCGGGGGCCCGCACACGGCCUCGACCAUGGCGGCGUGCAGCUCGGGGACCAUGGAGAGGCCAAAGGCCGCCGUCGACGGCCGGUCCGGCAGCUGGGUGCGGAUGUCGCGCAGCACGCGGAGGAAGUACAUGGCCACCGGGCCGCUGUCGGGCCUCGGCCGCCCCCACAGGCCGGACAGCUGCUUCUCCAGGUUGGAGAAGGCGGCGUCGAGCGACCUGUGCAGCGUCCGUGUCCGGGUCGUCGCGGCUGAGGGCCUGCUGCCUGGCGUCGAUGGUGUCCUCGUCCUCGACCUCGUCCACGUCGUUGUCCCAGCGCUGCCGGGUGAGCGAGGCGACGACGUCGCGCACGUCGUCGGUGACGCGGAACCAGGCCCGGUAGCUCUCCACCGCCCUGGACACGGCCUCGUUGCGCCCGUACAGCCGGGUGACGACCUCGCCGAGGAAGAGCCCGCCGCCGCCGACCUGCGACAGCGCCUCGUCGUAGGCCUGGUCGACGUCGUCACCCCAGAGGUGCUUGUUCCGGUCCGUCACGCCGUCCUCCCACGUCUCGAGCGUGGACUGCACCUCGGAGCCGACGAGGUGCAGCUUGGCCACCUUGGCCUCCAGGACGGCCAGCAUGCGCUCGUUGAUGACGGACCGCAGCUCGUCCUGCAUGGCUGUGGGGUCGAGUCCGCGCGCCCGCCCGCCGUCGCCCGCAGCACCGCGUUGCGCAGGUCCAUGAUGGCCUUGAACUCGGUCGUGUGCGACAGCGCCGCCUUCAGCCCGUCCAGGAACACGGCCGCUCCCCUCUCGGACCAGCCGGCCAGCGUCUCCCGCGCCAGCUUGCCGUCCAGGUCGUCGUGCCGGAUAAAGGGCGUGAAGUACUGCAUCUCGUCGCUGAACCAGUGCUCGUACACGUCCAGACGCAGCCCGUACAGCUGCUUCAGCGACGGGUCCUCGAGCAGCGGCCGGCUCAUGAGCUGCGCCAUGGCCUGCGACAGCCUGCCCGGCACGAUGGCCUGCACAUCCAGCAGACUGCGCGUGUACAGUGCCAGGCUGAGCAUGACGCGCUCGCGCUCGCCCCUUCCGGCGUCGCCGUCCUUGCCUCUGCUCCUUCUGCUGCCGUCGUCGUCGCUGUCGAGUGCCAUGGCCAUGGCCUCGGCCCGCGCGUGCAGGAGGUGCCGCAGCGCGUCCUUGGCCCCCGAGCUCGUCGCGAGGCUGUACGCGCACAGCGCCUUGACGACGCGGUCUCUGUCCUCGUCCCGCGUCACCACCCUGAGCACCUUAUCCACCUGGCGUAGCAGCCGUCGCCGGAGACUGCCCAGCGCCUUCUUGGACGCCUCUACCUGUCGUGCCAGGCGGGCCUCCAGCAUCGCCGUCCCGAGGCUCUUCGCAACGAUCCGGCUGAGGACCAGGACCUUGGCCGCCAUGAUGAGCCUGUCGCCCUUGGAUGACUCGUUGAUACCGCUGCUGCUGCUGCUGCUACCGCCAUUCCUUCUCGACCCCCGCCUUCGUGUGGUGGUGGUCGUCGUCGCGCUGCACAAAGUUCGCCAGGCCGGAGACUUUGGACCCGGCCACGGCACGCCCGCAUCGGCUGCCCAUGCCGCUCAGCAGCUCUUGCACGCGCUCGUUGUCGCUGCGCAUCUGGACAAUCGUGUCGGCCGUCCCCAGGAGCUCGCGACGGCCAGCCUUCUCCUCGAUGGAGACGUGCAGCGAGUCGUAGAUGGCGCGGAUCUGAGGGAGCGUGUAGCCGCCCGAGAAGAUGUCGGCCGUCGAGGUGAGGGUUGA